AUGGGUAAGCUCCUCAAUUGGGCCAGCCUUCUUCGACCAGCAUCGAAGGCGGCGGCCCAGCCACGCAGCCAGCCUGGACCCAGCCCACGCAGCGCUGCGGAGGCCGAGCGAUGGCGAGCCUUGACGGAGCAGGUGGAAAGAUGGAGAGCUUCGAGCUCGCAUGUCUAUCAACAGGUAGAUGACUCACUUCCCAUGGUCUACCCGAGGGAUGUCACCCCAAGGGCGGCGGACAGCCCAGUCCCAUCAUCCCCUGCCUCGUUUGCAGCGGGGUCGGUUGCAGAUGGAGGUCUUCCCUCUACGUUUGCUUCGGAGUCGACCAUUUCAUGGCAGUUGGAGGAGCCGGCAGCGCAUUCGGAGCGGAAGAAGCCCUCCGCCCUGCCGCCACUCCUGAGCCGCAGCCGCGGCACCCGCAGCACUCCGAGCAAGCACUGGACAGGAGCAGAGGAUGAAGAUCUACGGCAGUAUGCCUCGGCACUCAAGAAGGGCGCCAAGAGCCCAGGAGUGAUUCGCAGCUCCGACGAGAGAUAUGUCUUCUUCGAUGGAGUUACGCCAACAGCAAAUAAACAUGUUUCACUUGUGCAUGGGAUGAGAUGUGCGGACAAUCGCCCAGUGGUUGUGAAGAACAUCAAGAAAACCUAUUUUGCCAGCAAGGUGGAGGAGAAGCAGUGGCGAGCAAGUUGCCGGACACUCUUUGAAUUGGCAACGCAAAGCAACUUGUGCCAGCUGCUGGAAGUGUCGGAGGAUGAAGAAGGCUACUAUGUGGUUAUGGAAAAGGUGCUCGGAAAGGAUCUCUUCGACACGCUACGAGAGCUGGAAGGACCCAUGCCAAUGGCGGAGAUGAAGGGCAUCGUUGGCCAAAUUUUGAAAGGCCUCACGGUCCUUCACGACCACGACUUGGUGCAUCGAGACCUUAAGCUGCAGAAUGUCAUGAUCAAGCGGGACGAGCGUGGCCAAGUGCAGGUGAAGAUCAUCGACUACGAUACGCUGCAGACGGUCAAGUUAAAGGACGAAAAAGAACGAGGUGAUCGUGUGGUGGGAUCGGAUCAGUACAUCGCGCCGGAAGCGUAUGAGGGAAACUACUCGCAAGCUUCUGACAUGUUUGCCGUUGGCGUGAUGAUGUUUGCGCUCAUGAGGGGUCGGUUCCCAUUCUCGCACAAGCUCUUCGAUGACCAGCCAGGGGAGAACUAUGUCGGCUCUGCAAAGAUGAGCCAGAUUGCACACAAGCUGCGCUCCGCCACCAUCUCCUGGCCGAGCAAGUUCAAGGAGGAGCACCCGGAGGCAGUGGAUCUUUGCCAGUGGCUGCUGAAGAUGCCUCCAGAACAGCGGCCCUCCGCACGGAGGGCGCAGAACCACCCCUUCCUGGCGCAGUUCUGA